GGCCGCCCGCCCCGCGGAUGGGCGGGAGCGUCGGGGGAGCGGCUGCCGGGGCCUCGGGGCGGCGCGGGCGGGGGACGAGGCCGAGCGGCGUUGUGCGACCCGGUGCGGGGGAGGCGUCCAGGGCUGGAGCGGCCGCCCUCCCCCCCGCCGGGCAAAAUGCCCCGCCGGAAGCAGCGUAACCCACAGCCAGUCAAAGUGGAGGCCGUCGGAGCUCCCGCUGAGCCCCCGGGAGACAACCUGGCGCCGCAGGGCAACUUCCUCCUGGAGCACGAGCUGGAGCUGGAGGAGAGCGGCGACCAGAUCCUGGCUUUCGAAAAGGACUCCGAAGACUCACUUGGGGGGACGCCUGGGCUGCCGGCCUACUCACUGAGCGAAGAGGAGUUCGCACCUCUAUGCCAGACCCGGGAGGACAGAGAAACGGGUGGCCCAGGCCUGGCCUGUCACCACUGUGGCCUGCCUUCUCCUGGCUCCGCCCCCUGCCAUCCCUGCCCUGAGGGGGACGAGGAAGGCUCCCCAAAGGGGCGCGUGGUCUUCUCCUGCCAGCUGUGCCCCUUUGCAUCGCAUUACUCCAGCCACCUCAAGCGGCAUAUGAAGACUCACAACGGUGAAAAGCCUUACCGCUGCCCGCACUGCUCCUACGCCUCGGCCCAGCUGGUCAACCUGACACGCCACCUGCGCACCCACACGGGUGAGAAGCCAUACCGCUGCCCCACUUGCCCCUUUGCUUGCAGCAGCCUUGGCAACCUCAAGAGGCACCAGCGAGUCCACGGACAGGAACCGCCGCCACGCUACAGCCCCUGCAACUGCCGCUGCAUCCACGGCAACUCUUUCCAGCACCAUAGCCAGAAGCUCCAGGGGGAAUUAGAGCCAGAGUUGGAGGGACCACCUGUAGCUGACCAGGAGACAGAACCAUUGCUGCCAGGUUCACCUUUUCUGCGGCCUGAGGACUCUGCCACUGUUCUCCCCGAGCUGCUCUUCCCGUUCACCUGUAGGGCCUGUGGACUGGUUCUGGAGGCUGACGAGGGCCUGGGUGAGCCAGUGUGUGGGCGCUGCAGUCUGGCAGAGCUGGGGGGUGAGCCCGCGUCUCCGAAAGGCUUCUCGUGCCAGCUGUGUCCCUUUGUUACCACCUAUCCCAACCACCUGGCACGGCACAUGAAGACCCACAGCGGUGAAAAACCUUUCACCUGCGCCCUCUGCCCAUAUGCCUCAGCCCACCUGGACAACCUCAAACGUCAUCAGCGGGUGCACACCGGCGAGAAACCCUACAAGUGCCCGCUGUGCCCCUACGCCUGCGGCAACCUCGCCAACCUCAAGCGCCACGGCCGCAUCCACUCGGGAGACAAGCCCUUCCGCUGCCGCCUCUGCUCCUACUCGUGCAACCAGAGCAUGAACCUCAAGCGCCACAUGCUGAGACACACCGGCGAGAAGCCCUUUCAGUGCCGCAUCUGCCCCUACACCACCGGCCACUGGGACAACUAUAAGCGCCACCAAAAGGUGCACGGGCAGGUCCUGGCAGAUGAAGGGGGCCCAGGCCCAGACAGCAGUAUGCCCUAAAGC